GUAGUAAAAAUACUCCUAAAUGUCAUUUUUUUCAAAAACGUUAUUCAAGUAAAUGUAACUAGUUAUUACCAUUAGUAACCGUUAUUAAAAUACCAAACAUCUGGUAUAUUUUUGUCUGUCUGAUGAUCAUUUUUAAAUAUGAGAUGAUUGAUAAUUUGAUCGGUUCCUCAGAACUUUUUACCAAAUACUGUUUUACUUCAGUGAAGUGUUUGGCUGCUCUUCCUAAUAUUUUUUCAGUUUUCCUCAGUUUGGGUGUUGUUGGUCCCACGGUGGCUGCUGCAGCAGGAACAGAGGAGCUGUUGAGCAACGCUGCUGCAGCUGCAGCAGCAGGGCUGCGGCGCUGCGGCGCUGCUGCUGCGAUGCUCAGAUAAACCCCCCGAGGCCCACGGCUUCCUUUAGCGCCUCUGAUUCUGUAGAUCUUCAGCUGCAGCGUUCGAUGAGACCGUCUGCCUGAAAACGACCAAACGAUUCAGAACGACCAUCUGGAGGAAAAUAAAAACCUGACAGCAGCUUUCAGAAGAACUGGACGUGAGGUCAAAGGUCAAAGCGAUAACAGUCAUCUCUGCUGCGUUUGGGUUGGGUUGUCGGAAACAUCUCAUCUGGCCUCGCCGCAGCAGAACUACGACCUAUUUUUAUUAAUUAGCAGCUCGACCUGCAGCGCUGAUGGAAAUAUUCAUGUUGUGCAACCAGAGAUGUGUUGAUCUUCGGCUCUGCAGCAUCUGAUAGCAGGAGUUUGUUUAAAAAACAUCUUCAUCUGUGGUGGUGAAACUGAUACGAUGCGUCUGGAUGACAUGAAGCGCUUUGCUGUCACACUGAUAACAAGGAUUUUACAGGAACAUCUGCCUGAUAACAAGAGAGAAAAAAUAAUCAGUCAACUGUGAAAACAUGAGAUGUUUUUACUGCGAAACCAACGGAAGGCAAAUUUCUUCUAUCAAAUAAAGUAUAUUUGGUAUUUUAAAGUGUAAUAAAGGUCUUUAGAAAUUAAAAUCAUGUGCAUGUUUCCACCUGAGGUUUAUUUAUUUAAACUGGAUUCUGAGUUUAAAAAUGCAGUGUAAGUUGGUGUCCAAACUGUGGUCUAGGGGCCAUUUGUGGCCCUUGGAAUUAUUUUUUUCAUCCGCUUACGACAAGUUGAUCGUAGUAAAAAACUUGGCCAGCAAAACAGAAAAGAACUGAACCAGAAACUUGUGGCAAUUAUCUGUUUUUCUUUUUUGAUGAAAAAAAGAAAAACAAAAACAUUUUUUAUGUUUUCAGCGAUUUACAGAUUCCAUAAAAGUUUUGUUCAUUUUUGAGCAGGUCAAACUAAAUAAAAGGGAGAAAAAAGUUACAAUAAAUGAAUUUUUGCAUUUUAUAUUUGAGGUUUUUUUUAAAUCUGCUGAUCUAAAGCAUUCCCACAUCAUGAUUCUGCCACCGCCAUGCAGACAGGUUCUCUCUGCCGUGUUUUUUUUUUCUGGUUAACUGCAACUUAAUCUCUUAUGCUUCUUUUUUUUCUUGUCACUUCCAUAAAAGCCAGAUUUGUGGAUUCUACAGGUAAUAGUCGUGCUGACAGACUGUUCCACCUGAGCUGUGGAUCUGUGCAGCUCCUCCAGAGUUCAGGCUCAUCCCUGAAUUCUGGUUCUGGAUGUUAUGUUUUCUGAUGAUCCUAAAGAUUCGUGCCUGGAUUGUGCUUCAAAAUCCUCUAAACACAGCAUUUAUCUUUGGCUUAUCUCACAUUUUUCCUUCCACUCAACUUUCAGAGACUCUGAAUAUUUUCAGUCUCUUUAAGCCAAAAUCACCAAAGUUACAAGAUAUAAAGCCUGGAAAUAUUUCACUCUGUGUGAUGAUUAUGUAAUGACCUUUCCAUAAACUAAACAUGAUUCUCGAGCAACGGCCAUCGUUUUACCCGGUUUGGCCAUGGCCCCCGCCUGGCCACCCCUUGUGGCCGCCACUGGUUUCAGACACGGUUCUGCUGAGCUGAAGCCAUUUUUUAUUGAUUCUUUAAAAUAUGUUUUUAUUGUUUAUUUUAGCAUUGUUCCUGACCUGGUCUGUCCACCCCUUUGAACAUUGUCUAGGGCGCCAAUAAAAAAAUAUUUUUAUUUAUUCAGAUGGCUAACAGUUAUUAGCAUGGUGAUCUUUGUGGUGGAUAUUACGUCCUCAUCGUGUUUAUUCAUGAUUUACUUAAAUGAAACUAUAAUGUUAAUUUUUCUCAUGCUAAUAUUUUGGGGGAGCAGUUUUUAGUUAGGCUACACCGGAAACCGGAAACUGGCUGGCCGCUGUUGCUAGGUUACCACGGACUCAAACUGCUAGCAGCAGUGAGCACGGUGGUCGCUGUGGAAGAUAUGUUACGUCCUCGUCGUGUUUAUUCAUAAUUCUUUUGUAUGUCUACUUACAUAAAACCAUACUGUUAUUUCUUUCCAUGCUAAUAUUUUGGGGGAACCGUUUUUUAGUUACCGGAAACCGGAAGCUGACUUAGCGCCGUUGCUAGGUUACCACUGACUCAAACAGAUACGUGCCAGUCGCUUUGCGGUCUGUUUUAGAUCCUCUAAUCCUAAUAUUUAACAUUUACCAAACCCUGUGUUUCUUUUUUGGCGUCUUAAACGGUCAUUUUAAGUUUAUAAGCAAAUAAGUAUUUAACAGUUUUUAAUUUUUAGUUCUGAAUUGUUGCAGUUUGUUAAUUAAAGUAAUAAAAUGGAUACUAGUAUUAAGGUACCUCGGGACCUGAAAGCAAAGUUGUUGCUAUGGACAGACAUCAGCUUCCACGACAUGGAGGUCAUUGACCAAAUCCAGUCGGUUCCUGAUCUGGAAAGUGCCCUGUGCAGCGUGUUGGCUGUCGACCUCCCGGAGCCAAAGAAAGGCGUCCUGCUGGAGCUGUACGUCCAAACGGUGCUUUUCUGUAGGCAGCGGGGCUUCAGUAAGGAGCAGACAUCUGCACUGGUUUCCAUCAUCAAGUCCAUCCACGAGGCCAACAUUGAAACUCCUCUCAACAACUCUGAGCAAUGUUUCAAAUACUGCAACGACCUCCUGCUGUGUCACUCGGUCAGGAGACCUCCCUUCAGCGUCAAGCUGUUCAGCCUGGACGAGGUCAACUGCGUUUUAAAUUACAUCCAGGACCAUUACCUGCGGCACGACAGACUCUACAAGUACAUAUUCACCCCGCAGGUAAAACUUGACCUGCUUUUAACUUAUUCUGGGAAGGGAGGCGAGGGACUGGCUGCAGACGAGUCCGCUGAUCAGGGGGACGAUUCUUCUGAGGCACAGAAAACUUCGGCCAUGGAGGAAGAAACUGCAGAAACCUCCGUGGACCUGAAGGCCCUGGUGGAGCAGGAGGUCAAGGAGCAGAUGGAGCAGGUGUCCAAGCAACUGGACCAGCGCAUCAAAGAGACGGUGUCCGAGCAGAGCAGCAAAGCCCAGUCCGCCAAAGGCGGCAAGAAAGGCAAAAAAUAACCAGAACAGCCAACGUUAAAUUAAACUACUUAACCAUC